ACGCUUGCAGAGGCCUGCUCCUGUCCUCCCCUGCCCGCUGACAGAUCCCCACAGCAGGAGCUGCCGGACGACACUCCCGGAACCUGCGCCGGGGCGCGGGAGAGGGCAGCACGGCCGCAGGGCGGCGGCGGCACGCCGGCUGCCACCUAACGGUGGCCGUGGGCACGGACGCUGGGUGGGAAUCGCCUCAAGAGAGCGGCCCCGGAGGCUGUGGCUACCCCCGCACGGCAAGGAACUGGCGAAGGCGACAGGGGGCUGCCGGGCGCCGCCUGCCCCCGCCGUCCUGUCCCUCCCUCCCGCCCUCGUCGGGACCCCCGACUGCCGCCGCCGCCGCAGCUGGUGUCGCUCCCGCUGCCAUUGGAUUAAAAAUAGCAUCUUCCCUCCCCCUCCCCUCCCUCGGGCCCGGCUCCCGCCGCCGCGCCCUAGCCCGGGGCCCGGCUGCCCUUCGCCUCCAUUGCCCUCGCAUCGCCCGCUCGCCAUCGGCCGGCCGGCCGGAGGGAGCAUGCAGCGGGCCGCGCUCUUCAGCGGUGGCGAUGCGCAGAUGGCCGCCGGGGACCUGGGCGAGCUGCUCGUCCCCUACAUGCCCACGAUCCGGGUGCCCAAGUCAGGGGACAGGGUCUACAAGACGGAGUGUGCCUUCUCCUACGACUCGCCUGAUUCAGAAGGAGGUCUCUAUGUGUGCAUGAACACGUUUCUGGGAUUUGGAAGGGAACACAUUGAAAGGCAUUACCGGAAAACAGGACAAUGUGUAUACUUGCAUCUGAAACGACAUAUGAUUGAGAAGGUACCAGGGGCAUCUGGCGGAGCUUUACCCAAAAGGAGGAAUGCUAAGCUAUUUUUAGAUCUAGAAACAAACAGUGAUCUCAACAGUGAUGACUUUGAAUAUGAAGAUGAAGCAAAACUCGUUAUAUUUCCUGAUCACCUUGAAAUCUCAUUACCCAAUAUAGAAGAGUUACCAGCACUGGUGACGAUAGCUUGUGAUGCAUUCCUCAGUGCCAAAUCACCCUACAGGAAGCAGGACCCUGACUCCUGGGAAGAAGAGCUGCAGGCAUCUAAACACGCCAAAACACUUGUCCAGUUAGACAAUGGUGUUAGAAUUCCUCCCAGUGGUUGGAAAUGCUCAAAGUGUGACCUGCGGGAGAAUCUGUGGCUAAACCUGACAGAUGGUUCUGUGCUGUGUGGAAAGUGGUUUUUCGAUGGCAGUGGGGGGAAUGGGCAUGCAAUGGAGCACUACAAGGAGACAGGGUAUCCCCUAGCAGUGAAGUUGGGAACCAUCACUCCUGAUGGAGCAGAUGUCUAUUCCUUUGAUGAAGAGGAACCGGUUUUAGAUCCACACAUAGCAAAACAUUUGGCACACUUUGGAAUUGAUAUGCUGCAGAUGCAAGUGAUGGAGAAUGGCCUAAGAGAUAAUGAUAUAAAACCAAGAGUCUCUGAAUGGGAAGUGAUUCAGGAAGCUGGUGUGAAACUCAAGCCCAUGUACGGCCCCGGAUACACUGGCAUGAAGAACCUGGGAAAUAGCUGCUACCUCAGUGCUGUCAUGCAAGCCAUUUUCAGCAUCCCAGAGUUCCAAAGAGCGUAUGUGGGAAACCUUUCACGAAUAUUUGACUACUCUCCUCUUGAUCCAACACAAGAUUUCAACACUCAGAUGGCUAAACUGGGACACGGCCUUCUUUCAGGCCAAUACUCUAAGCCACCCAUGAAAUCUGAGCUUAUUGAGCAGGUGAUGAAAGAAGAACACAAGCCUCAACACAAUGGAAUCUCUCCCCGGAUGUUUAAGGCUUUUAUAAGUAAAGACCACCCAGAAUUUUCCUCUAAUAGACAGCAAGAUGCACAGGAGUUUUUCCUACAUCUUAUAAACCUAGUGGAGAGGAAUCCUGUAGGUUCAGAAAACCCGAGCGACGUUUUCCGGUUCCUGGUGGAAGAACGCACACAAUGCUGCCAGUCCAGAAAGGUCCGCUACACACAGAGGGUGGACUACAUCAUGCAGUUACCUGUUGCCAUGGAGGCAGCAACAAACAAAGAUGAAUUAAUUGCCUAUGAAUUGAAGAGGCGAGAAGCAGAAGCUGCAAGAAGACCUCCACCUGAGCUUGUCCGUGCCAAGAUCCCAUUUAGUGCAUGUCUUCAGGCCUUUUCUGAACCCAGCAAUGUAGAGGACUUCUGGAGCAGUGCCCUUCAAGCAAAGUCUGCAGGAGUUAAGACUUCUCGUUUUGCUUCGUUUCCUGAGUACUUAGUGGUGCAAAUAAAGAAAUUCACCUUUGGUCUUGACUGGAUACCCAAAAAGCUUGAUGUUUCUGUAGACAUGCCAGAUUUCCUAGACAUCAGCCACCUUCGGGCCAGGGGUCUCCAGCCAGGAGAAGAGGAACUUCCAGACAUUGCUCCUCCCAUUAUCAUUCCGGAUGACCCAAAAGAUCGUAUGACAAACCAUUUUGUGGAGGCUCUAGAUAUUGAUGACUCUUCAGUUAUGCAGUUGGCAGAGAUGGGUUUCCCUUUGGAAGCAUGUCGCAAGGCUGUCUACUAUACAGGCAACCUGGGUGCUGAAGUUGCUUUCAACUGGAUCAUUGCACACAUGGAAGAGCCAGAUUUUGCUGAGCCAUUGGUCAUACCACCAUUUGGAGAAGUUGCUGCCAGUGGAGAAGCUGUGUUUGGAGCUGUUGGGCUUGAUAACCAACCUCCUGAAGAGACUGUUGCAAUUAUAAUUUCCAUGGGCUUCCAAAGGAAUCUGGCAAUUCAAGCACUGAAAGCCACAAACAAUAAUUUGGAGCGUGCACUGGAAUGGAUCUUCAGCCACCCUGAACUGGAGGAGGAAAGUGAGCCUGCUUUGGACAUAGUGGAUAUGGAGAACAAUGCUAAUGCCAACAUCCUUGCGGAGACAGGGUCAGAGGGACCCAGGAUCAAGGACGGGUCUGGAAGAUAUGAGCUAUUUGGAUUCAUCAGCCACAUGGGAACAUCCACAAUGAGUGGCCACUAUGUCUGUCAUCUCAAAAAAGAGGGAAGAUGGGUGAUCUACAAUGACCUUAGAGUCUGUGCCUCAGAACGACCUCCCAAAGACCUUGGCUACAUUUAUUUUUACCACAGGAUACCAAGUUAGGCCUCAGAUCUAUUACCUGGCCUUAAGAAGCCAUAAGGCUUUUUAACCUGCCUUUAAAAAGUGUACAAUAAAAAUUUAAACCCAACAAAA